UUUUUCACUUCUUAGCCCCCCUUUCCUCUUCCUAACAAACAAAUUUAUACACUUGUCUUACAUACUUUUCUAACUUUCAUAUAUAAUAACUUGCACUUUACUCUUGUCCAUACUUAUUUUUAUUAUUACAAAAUCUAAAGUAGCAUAUGUUAUAUGGUACAUAAAAAUCAAGAGAGUUGUUGGUUCACUACAUAUAUUUAUUUGACACAACGUUUUGUUUAGACUAGAGAUAAUUGAGUUGCUACGGAUUAAUCCAACAACAUAUUACAAAAUCGAAGAGGUUGUACACGUCGAAAAAAAAAUGAAGGAAAAUGGAAGGAAACAAGGGGCGGUGUCCCCUUGUGCAGCGUGCAAGUUGCUACGAAGAAGGUGUGCGCCAGAUUGUGUGUUUGCGCCCUACUUCCCUGCUGACGAGCCUCAGAAAUUUGCUAAUGUGCAUAGAGUUUUUGGUGCUAGUAACGUCAACAAGAUGCUACAGGAGUUGCCAAUGCACCAACGUGGAGAUGCAGUGAGUUCAAUGGUGUAUGAGGCUAAUGCAAGGGUACGUGAUCCAGUUUACGGGUGUGUAGGAGCAAUUUCAUCACUCCAACAACAAAUUGACGUCCUCCAAGCCCAAUUAGCCCUAGCACAAGCGGAGGUGGUACAUAUGCGCAUGCGCCAAUACUCCGAUAAACCUAGAGUUGAUCAUCAUCAAGGCACUUCCUCACCUGAAAACUCCCCUUCAUCUAAGAUAGUAUCUUCACAAGCCAAGUCCCUUUUUAUGGACAUGGUUGUGGAUCAACCUAACAUGGAAGAGUCACUUUGGUCAUGUUGAUGCAUACAUGCCCUUGAUUAAAUUUAGUACUUUUUUUUUUGGGUUAUUAUAUUCUCUCUUUUAUUGCUGGUGGGAAUUUAGAGAUAUAAUAAUAUACGUAGUAAUUAAUAUAAAAUAUAAUGGAAAUUGAGUGGUACGGUUGUAAUUUAAUUCUUAGGUUUUUGGACCUAGUUGUUUCCUUUUUUUGUUACCUUAGUCCUUUACAUAUUCAUAGCACUAAGAUAUUAUUAACCAUAUUGUACAUGUAUAAAAUAUUUAAUCAUGACUUAUUAUGAAAUUUAGUUUAAAGCAAAUUGACGGUCCA